AUGCAAACUGCUUCUAUAAAUACAACCUGCAGUCACCGCGCGGGUGUUAUAUUUACUCCGUACCCUAUUGUUCAACGUUCGCGCAUCAUGCUAAGGAUUUCGCUACUACUGUUUGUUGCGCCUGCUUUUGGCAUUAUAGUGAGAGAUCCACCACCUUCACCUAGUGACUAUAAAUACUCAUAUGACGUUCAAGAUCCUACAACAGGAGAUAGCAAGAGUAAACAUGAAGUCAGACAGGGUGAUAUCGUGACAGGAGCUUAUACAGUGGUAGGACCUGAUGGAACUAAACGAACCGUAGAAUAUACUGUGGAUCCUAAAAAUGGAUACAAGGCAGUACUCAGUGAGGAACCUGUAGAUCCACCUAUAAUUGUGACACAACCCCCUCUCAUCAGGCAACACACUAUCACAAAUUUGGAUUUAAAUGCUCUUCAACAUGAUGUUUCUACGAUCAGAUCGGUAUAUGUUCCAGUGGUGCAGCGACGUCCUAAAUCAUACUACAGUGAAGAAAGACCAUCUAUUUUUUUCAUCCCACAAAAUGCAGUAGGGCCAAAAGUGAAUUUCGAAAGUGGACACUAUUUUAUACCGGCCAACAAAUACUAA